UUGAUGUGAUGAUGAGCACGGCACGUAACUUUGCUUCAACGCCCAAACCCACAACAAGAUCAUCGUCAUCAACACAUAAAGUUUCUUGGGCAAAUGUACUCUUACCGUUUUGUGAGGGCCCGGAAAUAUUUUCCGAUAAAGAAGUGUAUUCUUAUGAUGACAAUGUUGUCAUUAUUUGGGAUAAAUAUCCAAAAGCAAAAAUACACCUUUUAGUAAUGCCAAGACGAAAAAUUGAUAGUCUUAAAGAAUUGAAAAGACAAGAUCUAAACUUGAUUGAAACUAUGAAACUAAAAGGGCAAGAGAUGAUCGAUCGUUUUAAGGAAAGCGAACCAAAAUUGGUGUUCCGUAUGGGAUUUCACAUGAUUCCUAGUUUGAAACAACUUCACAUGCACGUGAUAUCACAAGACUUCGUUUCACCGACAUUAUCGACUAAGAAACAUUGGAAUUCAUUUACAACACCAUUCUUUAAGGAUGUUGAAGAAGUAGAAAUGUUACUGAGAGAAAAGGGACAAAUUGAG